AUGCCUGACAAUGAGCCAAAAGACGAGCGCGAGCGGCGGGCAUCGAAAGUCGACGAGACAGAGACGAAGCUAGAAGCGGCUGGGAUCGUGAAGCCGCCGGAUGGUGGUUAUGGAUGGGUCGUGGUGGCGGCGUCAUUUAUCGCAAACAUGAUCGUUGACGGGAUCAUCUUCACCGUCGGCGAGUCGUGUCUGAAGCUGUGGAAGGCGGACUUUGCGAGCUCGGACACGGCGGCCGCUUUCACCACCUCACUGCUCUCGGGCAGCUAUUUGCUCGUCGGCCCCCUCGCCUCAGCCCUUGCCAACAAUUAUGGUUGUCGUGCGGUCACAAUCCUCGGCGCUUUCAUCUCCUGUUUUGGUUUCAUGGCCUCAACUCUUGUACCGCAGAUCUUUCUCUUGUACAUCACUUUUGGAGUGAUUGAGGUGGAGUUUUGUUUCCGCGUCGGCUUCGGUUUGGUCUAUCUGCCGGCGAUCGUCAUCGUCCCGCAAUACUUCGACAAUAAGCGUCCCUUAGCGGUCGGGUUGGCCGUUUGCGGGUCGGGCAUUGGCACCUCGCUAUUCGCCUUGCUGAACCCAAUCGUGAUGACCCUUGUCAACAACCAGUGGCGCUACUUCAUCGUUUUCAUCGCCUUCUCGUCGCUGAUCUCCGUUCUGGCCGGUUUAUUCUCCAAAUCCGUGCAAGCAAGCGAGAAACAAGUGGAAGAGGUGACCAAGCUUGCCGAAGAGUACGAAAAAGAGAAGGAGCCAGCCGAGGGUUUGCGCGGCGAGCGGAACGAUUUCGAUCCUAAUCGACCCUUUUUGUCGACGCUUGAGCUGAACGCUGAGAAGACCCAGCAAAAAGACGUCUGGUCUCAGCACGAUCUGGCGACGGAGGUCACCCGGGAAUCAGUUACUGAUUUGAAUCGACCACUCUCGAAACAAGACGUUUUCUAUCCCGGGUCCACAUCGAGUCUUCAUCAGAGAACGAGGACAAGAUCGGCCUCGGCAGCCGACCGCGAGGCAUUCAUCAAGCCGGAUGAGGUGCACCAAUCGUCGCAUCGCAUCUCGACAGUCGGGCUGCCAGCUGCGGCUGAACCGCUUCCCCUAUCCGGCCCAAGGAGAUGGCUGUGCGCGAUCGGACGGAAGUACGGCCCUGCC